ACCGCAUUUCGCCGACCGCCCCCUUGACCUCCGACUCCGACUCCGGCCCCGCCGCUCAGCCCGCAUGGACCCCGCCGACCAGUCGCCGGAGGAGGUGUACUCCGUGUGGGCCCUCCCGCCGGAGCACGUCCGCGAACGCCUCCGGGGCCUCAUGGCCGGCCUCCGCGCCGCGCACGGGGGCCCGCCCUUCGAGCCGCACGCCACCGUCGUCGGCGCCGUCACCCUGCGCCGUUCCGCGGCCAUCGAGGCGCUCCGCGCCGCCGCGGCAGCCGGCGUCGGCCCCUACACUGCCCGCGUCACCGGCGUCGCUCGCGGCGACUUCUUCUACCAGUGCGUCUACCUCCUCCUCGAACCCACCCCCGAGGUGAUCCAGACAAGUGACCACUUCUGCGCCCACUUCGGGUACCAGAGACCAUCCCCAUACAUGCCACAUGUCAGCCUCCUGUAUGGGGAUCUAACAGACGAGGAGAAGGAAGCAGCGAGGAAGAAGGUGGAGGAAAUGGACACUGAAUUAUCUGGACUGCAGUUUGAGAUCUCCCAGCUCGCACUUUAUAGAACCGACACCGAGGAUAAAAGCUUGGAAUCCUGGGAGUUGGUGGAGGUGUGCAACCUUGCGAAGAAGUGAUCAGAUUCCUGCCGAUGAUCCUUCUGCUGUAAGUUUGUGACUGCUCCCGCGGUCUUGUAACAUUAAGUUUAAGUUUUAAGUGCUUGAUCUGCAUCUCCAGUAGCCCUUUUGCUUUGAAUAAGGAGUAAUUAUGUAAACACUGGAUCUAUCUUGGGCUUACAUUGCCACCUGUGGGCCUUAAUACAAAGUUUGCCUACAA